AUGACCGAUAUCACAUUCCCAGUAUGCCAAUACACUCCUCUACAGCAUCCAGAAUCCAUCCGGAUCCUCAACCUGCAUCCGGCUGAAGAUCGAAAUGCGCCGAUUGUCUGCAGCUUCCUAGAUGAAAAUCCGAUUGUGCCGAAGAUAGAAGAAUGGGAAUGCAGAGCUGUCGAUCCACGAGGAUGCACAGGGGACUGUUUCCAUGGUCCCAUCGAUGAAGAAUUUUCUGCUGUUUCUGAUGGAGAAUCUUCAUGUGAUUCUGCAGAAGCACCUGAGAAUAGACCCGCAGCUGAGUUGCAAGAGCUGGUCAUCGAGAACACGGAGCAGGCCUAUGGUAGACCCAGCGACAGAUUAGGUGACGGCGAAGACAACAUCUUCAACGAUGACAACCAUAUGAAUACAAGCGCCGAUGAGAACGAGGGUGAGAAAGACGAUGAUACCGACGACAGCCUCUGCAGCAAAUGCGGUCACGAUAAAUACAAACAAGAGCGCGAGAAGGAAGAGAGCGACGGCGAUUGCGCUUGCCUUUGCCACAACGAUGACGCCGUCAGCAUUAAUGACACCAAAAGCACCAUCGAGAAACCCGCGAGAAAAUGGCACGAAAGAGUCUUUCGGCCUCCUGGAUUUCCGGAAUACGAAGCAUCAUCAUACACAUGGGGCGCCGCCUCCGAUUCACUUCCAAUCACCCUGGGUUCAGACGGAGCUCAGAUCAAGGUCACUCGAAAUUGCCACGGAGCGCUUCGAAAUCUCCGCUCGCAGACGGCUUUUCGUCUGCUCUGGAUCGACGCCAUCUGCAUAAACCAACACGACAAUCUGGAAAAAACACAUCAAGUUCGCAUGAUGGGUCAGGUUUACGCAGCUUCAUAUCGAGUUGACAUCUACCUAGGGGAGGAAACGCCAUCAAGUCGCAUUCUCUUUGAAGAACUAGCACUAGCAGAACAAACACCCAAAGUGCGUACACCGCGUGGAUGGGAUCUAGAACGACCGAUUCCUUCAACGGAAGUGGCGGAAGCCAUGGACACUCUCUUCGAGCGACCAUGGUUCAAUAGGGUAUGGGUACUUCAAGAGGCCAACAACUCAAAGCUUGCCACUUUUCCUGACGCCGCUAUCCUUUGUGGCCUAUCCUCUUCACGAUCAAGUCUACUCAAUGAAUGCGUGUUUGGCUACAAUUCUAAUCGGGUAACUCAGCAACCGCUUCCCUUUUCGCUUAAGAGUUGUAUUUGGGAGGUGAAGGCGCAAGGACUCAAGGACGCCAUCGCCAAAACAUUAGGCUGCGCAGCCACCGAUUCUCGAGAUAAAAUAUUCGCUCUAAAGGGUUUGACAAAAGCAAGCGGCGCUCCUUUUGACGAGUUAAUCAGUUACACAGACGGGUUCGAACUCACGUUCUUCAAGGUCGCACAGUACUUGCUUGAGUCUGAGUCUGAUCUUUCAGUUUUAUCGUUCAGUAGACAUCCUCAUCAGAUGGCAAUGCCUUCGUGGGUCCCGUCCUGGACAAACCAAUGCAUUAAUUUCCAUAUUCAGGGUGCGCCUGCGAUUGGCGGGCCAGAUGAUUUGGAUGAUGACUUGUUUCCAGCUGGAAGGAAAACUUUCGCAAUUCGAUCUCGAAUGUGUUCCUGUGGAAAGUGCACAGGCAACCAUGCAGUCAUGCAUGUGGAGGGCUACAUGGCCUCGGUGGUGGAGCAUAUGGGAGCACCCUUCAUGGCCACUGAAAUCUUGCUGCUAGAAGGGCAAGUGAGGAGUAUGCUGAGUAGGAUUGAUAACAGCAACCCUUGGGACCAUGAAGCGGCCCAUGGAAGCCCUGAUGAGAUGAUUCUUCAAGGUUCGUCGAUAUUGCUCAUAAUUUUCAGCGCAGUGUUCCGCUAA